AUGACCCUCUCCGGCAGCGGCAGCGCCAGCGACAUGUCCGGCCAGACGGUGCUGACGGCCGAGGACGUGGACAUCGAUGUGGUGGGCGAGGGCGACGACGGGCUGGAGGAGAAGGACAGCGAUGCCGGUUGCGAUAGCCCAGCGGGGCCGCCCGAGCUGCGCCUGGACGAGGCGGACGAGGUGCCGCCGGCUGCGCCCCAUCACGGGCAACCUCAGCCGCCCCAUCAGCAGCCCCUGGCAUUGCCCAAGGAGGCAGCCGGCGCCGGGCCAGGGGGCGACGCGGGCGCUCCCGAGGCGGACGGCUGCAAGGGCGGCGUUGGCGGCGAGGAGGGCGGCGCGAGCGGCGGCGGACCCGGCGCGGGCGGUGCUUCCGCGGGCGGCCUGGCCCCGAGCAAGCCCAAGAACAGCCUGGUGAAGCCGCCCUACUCGUACAUCGCGCUCAUCACCAUGGCCAUCCUGCAGAGCCCCCAGAAGAAGCUGACCCUGAGCGGCAUCUGCGAGUUCAUCAGCAACCGCUUCCCCUACUACCGGGAGAAUCCCCCCUGCAGAGAAACAAAAAAAAAAAACACAUAUCAGUCAAAAAAGAAAAACAUAACAAUAAAGAUCAAAACAAAAAAAAAAAACACCACACACACAGAAGAAAAAGACAGAGACAAAAAUAUCAAGAAAAAAUAAAGAACACACCAACAAAUAGAGGAACAUAAAGAAGAACAGAGAGCGGGACCCUACGGCCGCCCCUACGGCCUGCACCCGGCGGCUGCCGCCGCCUACUCGCACCCGGCGGCCGCGGGCGCGGCGGCCGCGGCACUCCAGUACCCGUACGCGCUGCCGCCGGUGGCGCCAGUGCUGCCGCCCGCCGUGCCGCUGCUGCCCUCGGGCGAGCUGGGCCGCAAGGCGGCCGCCUUCGGCUCGCAGCUCGGCCCGGGCCUGCAGCUGCAGCUCACAGCCCUGAACCACAGAAAAAAGACCGAAGAGAAGAGCAAAAGACGCAAACAGAGAAAGAACACCAACAAGAGAUACAAGAGAGAUCAUCAAGUUGAGCCAGAGCGCAUGCGGCCGUACAGUUACAGCAUAGAAACAUUCAUCGGCAAAGGAAGGCCAGACAGACUCCAGAGGGGAUCGGCUGCUGGCAGAUAAGAGAGACAGACAGCGGCAACGGGAGGCAGCGGGGGCGGCAGCACGACGCAGUCCUUCCUGCGGCCGCCCGGGACCGUGCAGUCGGCAGCGCUCAUGGCCACGCACCAGCCGCUGUCGCUGAGCCGGACGACCGCUACCAUUGCGCCCAUCCUGAGCGUGCCGCUCUCCGGACAGUUUCUGCAGCCCGCAGCCUCGGCCGCCGCCGCCGCUGCCGCCGCCGCUCAAGCCAAAUGGCCCGCGCAAUAG